AUUCCACUUUCCACUACAAAUUCUACUUUGGACCCCAAAUUUUACCUCACCCACAAGCAAGGCAUUAGCCCAAACUUCCAUAUAUUUCACGCCCCUUCUUUCUAAUUUUUCCACCUCCAGCUUCACAAUCCUACGCCCAUAUCCAUAUCUCAACUCUACACCUACUUAGCAACUCUUCUUAGAUUCAUGUACAUGUAUAUCUUCUUCCAACGAUCUUUGACAGAUACCCAUCAGGCUAAAAUCUCUAGGAAACCUUCCCUCAGCUCAUACUGUCUUUUUUGAGCUUCUCUUUUGCCUGUAUAUAUCUGUUCUUUUGCAGACUAGUUGAGUGAGGGAAAAAAUGAGAGCAGGAGGUUGCACGGUGCAGCAAGCUCUAACUGCGGAGGCGGCAACAGUCGUUAAACAAGCCGUGACUCUGGCUAGACGGCGAGGUCAUGCCCAAGUGACGCCACUCCAUGUAGCUAACACCAUGCUUGCUGCCUCUACUGGCUUAUUGAGAACAGCUUGUCUUCAAUCCCACUCUCACCCCCUCCAAUGCAAAGCUUUAGAGCUUUGCUUCAACGUUGCCCUUAAUCGUCUCCCAGCUUCUACAUCAAGCCCCAUAUUAGGUACUCAUUCCCAACAGUAUCCUUCAAUCUCUAAUGCCUUGGUUGCUGCCUUUAAGCGCGCUCAGGCUCAUCAACGGCGUGGCUCUAUUGAGAACCAGCAGCAGCCUCUCCUAGCUGUGAAAAUAGAGUUAGAGCAGCUCGUAAUAUCCAUUUUAGAUGAUCCUAGUGUUAGUAGAGUCAUGAGAGAAGCUGGUUUCUCGAGUACCCAAGUGAAAAGCAAUGUUGAACAAGCAGUUUCUUUAGAAAUUUGUUCUCAAAGUGCUCCUUCUGUAACUAGCAAGUCCAAGGAAAGCAACGUUCUUGCCCUUUCCCAUUCUCCUACUUUGAGUCAAGUAGAAGCCAAAGCAAGCAAACAAACAACAUCUUUAGAUCCAGUAAGGAACGAGGAUGUGAUGAGUGUUAUAGAAAAGUUAAUGAACAAAAGAAAGAGAAGUAUUGUGAUUGUAGGAGAGUGUCUUGCUAUUAUAGAGGGCGUGGUUAAAGGAGUUAUGGACAAAGUUAUUAAAGGAGACGUUCCUGAUUCUUUGAGGGAAGUGAAGUUUGUAUCAUUUCCAAUAUCUUCUUUUGCUCAUCUUUCCAGAGUAGAAAUAGAACAGAAGCUUGAAGAUCUUAAGAGCCUGUUGCGAAGCUAUGUGAGCAAAGGAGUUGUGUUGAAUUUGGGAGAUCUCAAGUGGGUCAGUGAGUAUAGGACUAGCAGUUCAAGCUAUUUGUGUCCAAUGGAGCAAAUGAUCAUGGAGCUUGGGAAAUUGGCCUGUGGACUUGGCGAACAAAAUGGGAAAUUUUGGCUAAUGGGGAUUGCUACUUUUCAAACAUACAUGAAGUGCAAAUCUGGCAAUCCAUCACUUGAGACUAUUUGGAGUCUCCAUCCUCUUACAAUUCCUGCAGGCAGCUUACGCUUAAGUCUCAUCACCGACAGUGAUCUGCAAAGUCAGUCCACAAGCAAUAAAGCAGAUCAAAGCUGCUGGAUUAUACUUGAAGGUGAUGAAGAGAAUCAACUCACUUGCUGUUCUGAUUGUACAGCCAAGUUUGAAAACGAGGCUCGAAGCUUACAGGCUACUACUUGUAACAGUGAGUCUACAAGUUCUAGCCUUCCUGCAUGGCUUCAACAAUGCAAAAAUGAGAUCAAAGGACUUAACAAUAGUAAUGAUCAGGAUUCUGUCUCAAUCAAAGAUCUUCGCAAAAAGUGGAACUCAAUUUGCAGUUCAACCCACCACCAACCUUAUUCUUCUGAGAAAACCAUCACAUUUUCUUCUGUGUCACCUUCCUCUUUUUCUUCUGGUUUCUCAUAUGCUCAGCGAUACUCUAAUUUGCAACUAAUCCAUCAUGACUGGCCAAUGGUUGAACCCAAGCAAUCAUGGAGGGACUACCAUUUCUGGGUCGGUUCAGAAACUGUUAACAAGGGAAGCGCUACAAUUGAUGAACCCAGCUUGAGAAUGUACAUUCCAGAGCAUAGAGAUUAUCCCAAACCUCCAUUUUCAUCGAAUCCAAGUUCUACUCCUAAUUCCACUUCUUCCAGUGAUGUAAUGGAAAUAGAAUAUCUCCACAAGUUCAAGGAGCUGAACGCUGAGAACUUGAAAAUUCUAUGCAAUGCAUUGGAGAAAAAGGUGCCAUGGCAGAAAGAUAUAAUCCCUGAAAUCGCGAGCACGAUCUUGCAAUGCAGGUCAGGCAUGGUAAGAAGAAAAGGGAAGGUUAGAAACUGUGAGGCCAAAGAAGAAACUUGGUUACUAUUUCAAGGAGUUGAUAUGGAAGCUAAAGAGAAGAUAGCCAAAGAAUUGGCUAGAAUAGUCUUUGGCUCGCAGAACAAUUUUAUUUCCACUGCAUUAAGCAGCUUUUCAUCCACAAGAGCAGAUUCAACCGAAGACUGCAGAAACAAGAGAUCAAGAGAUGAACAAAGUUGCAGCUACAUCGAAAGAUUUUCCGAGGCUUUGUCAAGCAACCCACAUCGAGUUUUCUUAGUGGAAGAUAUUGAGCAAGCAGAUUAUCGCUCAAAGUUGGGUUUUAAAAGGGCAAUUGAAAGAGGAAGAAUAACAAAUGUCAUUGGUGAAGAAGUUGGUCUCAGUGAUUCUAUCAUUAUUUUGAGCUGUGAAAGCUUUAGCUCAAGAUCAAGAGCCUGUUCUCCAACCAUCAAGCAAAAAACCGAUAAUUCCCAAGAAGAAGAGAAAGGUCCAAGCAGUGCAACAAUGGAGGAAACAAGCCCUUGUGUCUCACUGGAUUUGAAUAUCUCCAUUGACGAUGAUAGUGCUGAGGAUCAAUCAAUUGACGACAUUGGCCUUCUUGAAUUUGUCGAUAGAAGGAUUAUUUUAAAAAUCCAUGAAUUCUAAAUCCUAAUACUAACUAGAUAGGGGAAAACACGGUGAAUAUUCAUGUCACUAGAGGUAGUUUUGAUCUUUUUUUUUUUUAUUUUUUCUUUUUAAAAAUGUUGUUUAAAUAGUUUUUAGAUUCUGAUAUAUAGGAUUCCUAGGGUUAGAGAUAAAGAAAGGUGAUGCUUUCUUAAUGUAAAAUCAUCACAUUGUACAAUAUCGUCCAUUAUCUUCAUGAAAUACCUUGAAAAAAAAAACUUCAUAAACCCCAAAAA